AUGAGAUUUCAACAAUUUUUGUGUGUUUUUUUAAUUUUUGUGAUGAGUCUUCUCCUAAUCAACGGACAGAGACCAGCUAAUUUGGCCCUGAGAAGAAAACUGCACAGACAUAACUGUCUUCAGAGGAGAUGUAUGCCUCUCCAUUCCCGAGUCCCGUUUCCCUAAGAUAUAGAACUCUGCAGCUGAUUUCAUUAGGUGUACCAGAAGAAGAGUGAAGGAGAGAUCUCAACCA